GUUGCAUUUGAAGAGUUCGUCUGUGAACAAGGUAGGCGAUACUUUGUAUCUAUUGACUUUCUGACCAUCUUCCGAGCCGCAGUGGUUGCAAUCUCAGUAUCUAAGUCCUCUUAAGCUUCAAUCGCGGAUUUGUGAUUUGCGACGUGAAUGGAAAGCGUUGCGUGUAUCAGAAAGGGAACACGCAAGAGGAAACAGAAAGCAAAACUCAGCGACUUGGACGCGUUGGACUCAGAUGAAUAUGACUCCUCGCCCAAGCGUGAGUCCGAUGAUGAGAACACCUCAACUUCAAAGAUCAACAAACGAAAAAGGAGAAGACCUCGUCUGACGGGCCUUAGUAAACAACGACAAGCUGCAAACGCUCGCGAACGAAGUAGAACCCACAGUGUCAAUUCUGCAUUCAAUGCAUUACGAGUUCUUAUACCUACUGAACCUUCUGACAGAAAACUUUCAAAAAUAGAAACAUUGCGCUUGGCUUCAAGCUACAUUGCGCAUCUUGGAUCAAUGUUGGUGAGUGGAACUCAGUGUCCGAAUGUAGCAAAGGCAGCUGAACACAAUGGAGCCAUUUCACCAUCUUCAGCAUCAAGAGUGUGUACAUUUUGUUUGAGCCUACUUAAGGCGGUUUCUAAAGAUGAAGGAACAAACAACAGAUUACACGUGCAAGGAAAAUGAUCAUACAUUUCAAUAAUAAUCUGCUGUGCAACGCAAUAAUAUGGAAUCUAAACCUUACGUGAGGAGACAGAGCAGUAGUAAUGGAUAGCGGACUUCGCAUUAGGGGUUCAUUUUCUUCUAUAAAUCGCUCAUUCGUUAUCAUAACUCACAGAUGAAUAGCAAUUAUCCUGUCGCUAAAUAUUCAAAACAUGCGUGCAACAAGACAUUGAGGAAUUGCAUCUGUGCAUGGCUUCACGAAAAAAUAUCUGACUUACUGCAGGCUCAAUUAUUGAGGGAGUCGUUGACAGGCUGAGUGAAACAUAUUCUGCUAAGAUCGCAAGACCUAUGAGUUGAAAUCACGGUUGAUUUAUCUCUAAAAACGGAUUUGUGUGGGUGUGUGUGAAAACUUAAAGGCGAUAGUAAAAGAGGACAAAAAAUAAUUCAGUUCUUAUUGUUGAGUGCAGUUCACAUUUACCAACUGUCUCAGAUCUGUCUGCCUGGAUUAGGUUUUCGUUGUCUAGAUCUAUCAUAAAUCCAUGGAUCAGUCUUCAGGACGAAAUUAUUUGAAGUCAGUUAAUUUUCUUUUCUUUCUUCCGCGUUGCAGCCACUUUUUGUUAGAGACCUUAGAACCAUAUCGUUUGAUUUGGUCUGAGAGCACUUCAAGCCGUAUGCUUGUAAUUACAUGUAGAUAUGGCUUGAGUUACGUUGUACAACUUUACCGUUCGUGUCAAAGGAUUUAUGAAUAAAAAUGUAUCUGCUG